CGGCUGUCCCAAUGCAAAACACAGUAACUAACAUUUUCGUCAAAAUUCAGUUUAUUAGGGAUUUGGAGUUGCUGUGUUUUGCUAAACAUUUUGGUAUUUUACAAGCUCAAAUCCCUCGAUAAAUAAGGAAAAUAGAAUGCAUUCAAAACACAGUAACUGCUCGCAAUAAAAUAUUUUACCAUUACAAAACACAGUAUUUAUCAAAUCCCAUACCAAAACACAGUAACUACUUGGCAGUUACUGUGUUUUGUUAUCGUUUUUGUUGUUACUGUGUUUUGUACUGGCAAAUCGGUUGGAAUUCGGUUUCAAAUCUGCCAUCCCCACCAUUAAUAUCCAAGUUAACUGCCAGUGCCUCCAGGCACUGAUUCUUUCUUGUGUCAGUAACAAAUAGACCAUUAUGAGACUAGAGGAUGUCGCUGCAACGCGAUACUAUUCUGCCAUCAUGCAGUACGCGAACAAGACGUAUUAUGGUUAACUAUUCUACUGUUUUUUAUCCUGAAAAGAAAAUCGACGAAUUACCACUUUUCCCAAUCGUUAAGUAUGAAACUUCAUCAUUUUUUACGAGCAAGUAUGAAAGUGAAAAACAGAAAGAAAUGUACUUAGACAGAUUACAGACAUUUGUCUCUACUGCUUUUCCAUGUGAGGAUUAUCUUGAAAGCCCUGUAGAUGAUAGCGACCUGGACAAAGAUUACGAACCCAGCGACAGCGAAUACGAUGAUAACAUUGUAGAAUCCGAAAGUAGAAAAAGAAAGGUGAAAAGAUCACAGUUCGGAGGAAAAAUCGCCACUCCUGAACCAAUAGACACCAAUGAAAUUACUUCUUGCUCUAACGAUAUUCCGAGGAUAAUGGAAGCCAGUGGUGAAGUCCUCAAAAUUGAUAAUGCUGCUCCAGUGAAUGACAAAAGAAGUGACAAUGGAGAAAGAGAUGAGCAAAAUGAAACGGAAGCUGGCAACUUAUCUAAUGAAGACCCAGAACUUGAGACACCCGAUUUAGUGAAUGACAAUGGUCAGGUACAAGAAAAUGAAGAAAGAGAGAGGCAAAAUACUAGAGAAUUAAAAAGACCUGGUCGAAGACUAGUAGGAAGAGAAAAAAUCGAGAGAGACAAAAACAAACAUCCCAUGAGAGCCAUUUGUAACGGAAAAUGUAGAAGCCUGUGUAAAAGCUUAACAGAAGAACAUCGUCAUGAUAUUUGGAACCAGUAUUGGAAUUUGGACUACACAAGUAGACGUAAAUGGUUAAGUAAACAUGUAACGUUACUUCCAGUAAAACGAAAAAAUUCAACUGAAAUUGCUGUAUGCAGACUGACGUUCCUAAAUACUUUAGGAUAUACUACUGAUUCCGUAAUAACCGAAUUAGUUGCAGCAAUUAAAUCAGGCCCUUGCGGUGAUCAGGUUAAGGAGCGUAGGGGUGGAAGUCAUAGGCCGGAAGCUGACCGAGAUAUAAUAAAAAACCACAUUGAGUCAUUUAAACCUUGCGUGAGCCAUUAUAGAAGAAAGAAUGCCCCCAACGUAAGAUAUUUACCUAGAGAGCUCACUAUUAAAAUCAUGUACGAUGACUUUGUUUCGAAACAUCCAAAUAUAUGUAAAAUUGAGAUUUACAGACAGGCCUUGAAAAAAAUGAAUAUUUCUCUUCGCCAACCAAAAUCGGAUGUUUGUGAAGACUGCUCGUCCCUGAAAAACAUUUUGGAAAAUGGUGAAAAUGAAAUCAUCCAAAAUCAAUACGACUCUCACCGUGCUAAAGCUACAAAAGCAAAUUUAGAAUAUAAAAAGGAUUCGGACGAAGCAGCAGAAGCAGGUUCAACAAAUAAACGGAUUUACUCCAUGGAUUUACAGAAAGUUAUUAUUUUGCCUAUCAUGCCUCAAAGCAAGACCGCCUUUUUUACAAGUCGACUUGUUGUUUUCAAUCAAACGUUCGCCACUUUGAGCAAGGAAUCCUCUAAUCAAAGUUACUGUGUGCUCUGGCACGAAGCAUUAGGUGGUCGUAAAGCUGAGGCUCUUGUUGAUGCUAUGUUCAAAGUCAUCGAGAAAGAAAGGGAUGCUACGGAUUUUAUAUUUUGGGCUGAUAAUUAUAGCGCCCAGAACAAAAAUUGGGUUUUGUACACAUCACUUGUUACUGAAGUUAAUCGUGUAACUGGUCCAAAUCAAAUUACCAUUCGUUAUCUCACCAAAGGCCAUACUCAUAUGAGUGCAGAUGGUAUCCAUGGUAAUAGCGAGCAGAAACUCUUGAGGAAGAGAAACAUAUAUGAUUUUCAAGAAUUGAUAGAAGCUGUCGAAUCAUCCAGAAGGAAAUUAGAAGUUCUGCAAUUAAAAGAGUUCCACUUGUGGCCAAAUAAAAAAAGAAAUACAAAAAAGGCAGCGGAUCCAUUAAAGGGUUUUCUAUUGAAUGAAAUUGUUGAUGUUUGUUUCAAAAAAGGAAGCCAAUGCAUGCAAUAUAAAAAAGAUUUUGCAGAUGAAUAUAUAGAGUUGGAUUUCAUACAGAAGAAGCACAAUCCUAUGACCUUCACACCACAAGCCUUGUCCUCUCGUGGCAUUUCAGCCUCCAAAAAAGCGAAAAUCUUGAAAGAUCUAGUACCGCUUAUGCCAACCAACAGAAGGGUGUUUUGGGAAACGAUGCCAGAAUCCAAAAUAUCCGUGGACUUGGUUGAUGCUUAGCAAGUAGGGGAAGAAAUAGAUUCUGAUGUUUGAAUAUCCUGAUUGUAAUAUUAUCUUAUUUGAGUUUUAUCAACUUGGUACCCUUCAGAAGUUUUUCUUGUGUUUUGUUUAUAAAAUAAAAAAAAUGGAGUAUGUAUUAUUUUGAGUUCAAAAUACAGUAAUGGAUGUUAACUGCUUUAAAGAGUUUAAUAUUUUAUGCUAGUUUUCUGUUACAAAACAUAAUAAAGGCAAUUUUGAUGAAGUAUUAUCAAAUUCAUGUGUUUUGAUGAAGUAUUAUCAAAUUCAUUAGAAAAAAAAAAUUACAUGAGAAGGCAGUUACUGUGUUUUGACACAAACUUAUGUUGUUUAUUCGAAAAAAAUCCCAUGCAAAACCUUUUUUGCAGCUGCCGAACUAUUGUUUUAAGGGUUUAUCUUCUUAAAACUAUGAUAAAAAGAGUGCUCAGGUUAUACCUGACUACCCUUAAAAAUAUUGAAGCAAUAUCUCCAUUUAUUUCGUGGCGCUCGAAAAUUAUCAUUAAAUUCGAUUUUUCCACGUUGUUAUCGUAGUGUUGUUACUGCGUUUUGAAUUGGGACAGCCGAAUUAUCUGUAAGACUGAUAAACUAUUUUAUAUGCUUUAGAUGGGGCUCCUAUUAGUUAAAAACCACGUGACCACUCUCAGAAAUAAUUGUAAGACUGGUAAACUAUUUUAUAUGGUUGAGAUGAGUCACUUAUUAGUUAAAAACCACGUGACCACUCUUAGAAUUAUCUGUAAGACUGGUAAACUAUUUUAUAUGGUUAAGAUGGGGCUCUUAUUAGUUAAAAACCUCGUGACCACUCUUAGAAUUAAUUGUAAGACUGGUAAAUUAUUUUAUAUGGUUAAGAUGAGUCACUUAUUAGUCAAAAACCACGUGACCACUCUUAGAAUUAUCUGUAAGACUGGUAAACUAUUUUAUAUGGUUUAGAUGGGGCUCUUAUUAGUUAAAAACCACGUGACCACUCUCAGAAAUAAUUGUAAGACUGGUGAACUAUUUCAUAUGGUUGAGAUGAGUCACUUAUUAGUUAAAAACCACGUGACCACUCUUAGAAUUAUCUGUAAGACUGGUAAACUAUUUUAUAUGGUUUAGAUGGGGCUCCUAUUAAUUAAAGACCACGUGACCACUCUCAGAAAUAAUUGUAAGACUGGUAAACUAUUUUAUAUGGUUGAGAUGAGUCACUUAUUAGUUAAAAACCACGUGAACACUCUUAGAAUUAUCUGUAAGACUGAUUUUUUUUUUUUUUUUUUUUUUAAUGGCUCUGGUUGAAACCAAAUGGCCAGCCUCUCUCUUUGUUUAUUCCGAAAUUUUGAGUUCCCCUUUCUUUGUUAUACAUACUAGUACUUAAUCUAUCUAAACUAUACUUAUACUAAAGUUUUCAUUACAUGUACUUUAAUUUUCUCUUUUUUUUUGUGUAUAUUUUUAUUUUUUAUCAUUAUUAUAUACAUACAUUUUUUAUUUAUUUUUUUCCUUCAUUUUCAUUUUUUUUUUUUUUUUGUUUUGUUUUUUUUUUUUUUGUAUUUGUAUUUUUUGUAGUUUGAGUUUUUUUUUUUUUUUUUUGUUUUUUUUUUGUUUUUUUUUUUGUUUUUUUCUAAUUUUAUGACAUUUAGGUAUAGCUAAUUUUUCACAAAUUGGUAUUUGUUUCCCUAACAUAUUGAUACAUAGUUUUGUAUACUUCAAUGUUGUUUGAUAUAAUCAAAGUAUUAUAAUUUAAUGGCAAUUCUAUUAAAUUUGUUAAUUUUGAAUAUAAGCUAUUUCUUUCAUUUUCAAAUUUAGAACAUACUAAAAAGAAGUGUUCCAGAUCUCCAGUUUCCCCACAGUCGCAUCUAUCAUUCUCUACUAACCCUAACUUUUUCAUAUGUACAGGAUACAAAGCGUGAUAGCAUCUGAGACGUGAAAUAGUCCUUACAAAAUUUUUAUUACUCUCUCUAUGAAACCAUGAAUGUCUGAACAAUUUUGGAAAAUUUCUUUUAAAGAUUUUACCCUUAUUUGUCUCGGUAUACAUAUUUUGCCAAUCAAACUUUUGUCUUG